AUGGAGGUGGUCAACGCGACGGUAAAUGCCUUCGGCAACCAGACGCAAGACUACUUCACCGUGCUGGAGGAAGUGACGAAGUACAAUGUUCACCUCAACUACCUUGAGCGCCUCUGGGCUGCUUGGUAUCUCUUCAUGAAUAACGACACGCUUGCGACUGGCAUCAUGAGCUUCGUCCUACACGAGAUCGUCUACUUUGGCCGCUGCCUGCCGUUCAUGAUCAUGGACAAGAUCCCAUUCUUCCACAGGUACAAAAUCCAGAACCAGAAGAUGCCGACGCUCAAGGAGCAGUGGGAUUGCGCCGCCAUCGUCCUCAUCAGCCACUUCACGGCCGAGCUGCCCCAGAUCUGGUUCUUCCACCCCAUCGCCACCUACUUCGGCAUGGACUACGGCGUGCCGUUCCCCUCGCUCCUGAAGAUGGCCAUCCAGAUCUCCAUCAUCUUCAUCAUGGAGGACACCUGGCACUACUGGUUCCACCGAUGCCUGCACUACGGGCCCCUCUACAAGGCCAUCCACAAGAUGCACCACACGUACUCGGCGCCCUUUGGUCUCGCUGCCGAGUACGCGUCGCCGAUCGAGACGAUGCUGCUCGGCCUCGGCGUCGUCGGCUCCCCGAUUCUCCUGCUCACCAUCACCGGCGACCUCCACCUCAUCACCAUGUACACGUGGAUCAUCCUGCGCCUCUUCCAGGCCAUCGACGCCCACAGCGGCUACGACUUCCCCUGGAGCCUGCGCCACUUUCUGCCCGUCUGGGCAGGUGCCGACCACCACGACAUGCACCACGAGAAGUUCAUCGGCAACUACGCCUCCAGCUUCCGCUGGUGGGACUACUUCCUGGACACCGAGGCCGGCGCCGAGGCGCACAAGCGCCGGCGCGAGAAGAAGCUCAAGGUGAUCAGGGACUCCAAGAAGCAGCAAUGA